UCCGGCUUGUUCUGUGUCACUAUCAACCCUUACAAGUGGCUUCCCAUCUACGGGGCCCGCGUGGCCAACAUGUACAAGGGCAGGAAACGCACGGAGGUGCCCCCUCACCUGUUCUCCAUCUCUGACAACGCCUACCAUGACAUGCUCAUGGAACGUGAAAACCAGUCUAUGCUGAUUACCGGAGAAUCCGGAGCCGGCAAGACUGAAAACACCAAAAAGGUCAUCCAGUACUUUGCGAACAUCGGCAGCACGGGCAAAGCCUCUACCGAUGGGAAGGGCUCCCUGGAGGAUCAAAUCAUCCAGGCCAACCCUGUGCUGGAAGCGUUUGGGAAUGCCAAAACAACCAGGAACAACAAUUCCUCUCGUUUUGGUAAAUUCAUCAGAAUUCAUUUCGGCAGCACAGGAAAACUGGCUGGAGCUGACAUUGAGAGCUAUCUCUUAGAGAAGUCUCGGGUCAUUUCCCAGCAACCGGCCGAAAGAGGCUAUCACAUCUUCUACCAGCUCCUCUCCAACAAGAAGCCCGAACUUGUCGAGAACUUGCUUUGUGUGCCGGAUCCAAAGGAAUACCACUGGACAAGCCAAGGGGUGGUUGUGGUUGACAACAUGGAUGACGGAGAAGAAUUGCUCCUCACCGAUGUUGCCUUUGACGUCCUGGGCUUCACUCAAGAAGAGAAGGUCAGCGUCUACAAGCUCACCGGUGGCAUCAUGCAUUUCGGCAAUAUGAAAUUCAAGCAGAAGCCAAGAGAGGAACAGGCAGAAGUCGACACCACCGAAGUGGCUGACAAAGUCGCCCACCUCAUGAGCCUCAACUCCGGGGAACUCCAGAAGGGCAUCACCAGGCCCCGGGUGAAAGUGGGCAACGAGUUCGUCCAGAAAGGGCAGAACAUGGACCAGUGCCACAACUCAGUGGGCGCCCUGGGCAAAGCCAUCUACGACAAGAUGUUCAAGUGGCUGGUGGUCCGCAUCAACAAGACCCUGGACACCAAGAUGCAGAGGCAGUUCUUCAUCGGGGUGCUGGAUAUCGCCGGCUUUGAGAUCUUUGAGUUCAACAGCUUUGAGCAGCUGUGCAUCAACUUCACCAACGAGAAGCUGCAGCAGUUCUUCAACCACCACAUGUUUGUCCUGGAGCAAGAGGAGUAUAAGAGAGAAGGGAUCGAUUGGGUGUUCAUUGACUUUGGCCUGGAUCUGCAGGCUUGCAUUGAGCUCCUGGAAAAGCCCAUGGGCAUCUUCUCCAUCCUGGAAGAGCAGUGCGUGUUCCCCAAGGCCACCGAUGCGACUUUCAAGGCUGCCCUCUACGACAACCAUCUGGGCAAGUCCCCCAACUUCCUGAAGCCCAAAGGCGGCAAGGGCAAAGGGGCGGAAGCUCACUUCGAGCUGGUGCAUUAUGCAGGGACGGUGGGCUACAACAUCACCGGGUGGCUGGAGAAGAACAAGGACCCCCUGAACGAGACGGUGGUGGGCUUGUUCCAGAAGUCGGGGAUGCCCCUACUUUGCACUCUCUUUAAAGAAGAAGAGCCCACGGCAGGAACCAAGAAGCAGAAGAGAGGCUCCUCAUUUAUGACCGUCUCCAACUUCUACAGGGAGCAGCUGAACAAACUGAUGGCCACCUUGCACAGCACCGCCCCGCAUUUCGUGCGCUGCAUUGUCCCCAACGAAUUCAAGCAGUCCGGGGUGGUGGACGCCCACUUGAUCCUGCACCAGCUGGCCUGCAACGGUGUACUCGAAGGCAUCCGUAUUUGCAGGAAGGGCUUCCCCAACAGACUGCAAUACCCAGAAUUCAAACAGAGGUACCAGGUGCUGAACCCCAAUGUCAUCCCGUCGGGCUUUGUGGACAAUAAGAAGGCCUCUGAACUACUACUGGGAACCCUUGAUUUGGGAGAGAAUGAAUACAAAAUUGGACACACCAAGGUCUUCUUCCGCGCCGGAGUCUUAGCCAAGCUGGAAGACAUGCGAGACGAACGGUUGGCCAAAAUCAUGACGAUGCUGCAGUGCCGCGGCCGGGGCUUCCUGAUGAGAAUCGAGUAUAAAAAGAUGCUCGACAGGAAGCUGGGUUUGAUACUUAUCCAGAGGAACGUCCGCAAAUUCUUGCAGAUGCGGUUCUGGGGCUGGUGGAAGCUGUACAACAAGGUGAAGCCUUUGCUGAAUGUCGCCCGCCAAGAGGACGAGAUGAAGGCCAAAGAGGAAGAGCUCAGGAGCGCCAUGUCCAAGACACAGGAGCUGGUGGACCGCGUCAAAGAGCUGGAAGAAAAGUUGGCCACCCUCAGCCAGGAGAAGAACGACCUGACCAUCCAGUUGCAGGCUGAGCAAGAGAACUUGUCAGAUGCUGAGGAGCGCUUGACCCAGAUGAUGAAGUCCAAGAUGGACCUGGAGAGCCAGAUCUCGGAUAUGAAGGAGCGCUUGGAGGAGGAGGAGGGCUCGGCGGCAACGCUGGGGGCCCAGAAGCGCAAGCUGGAAGGGGAGCUGAGCGACCUCAAGAGGGACCUCGAAGGCCUGGAGACCACCCUCGCCAAGACAGAGAAGGAGAAGCAGGCUUUGGACCACAGGGUCCGCACCCUGACCGGUGACCUCCAAGCCCGGGAUGACACAGUCGCCAAACUCCAGAAGGAGAAGAGGGCGCUGGAAGAGUUGCACCAGAAAACACUGGAUGACCUUCAAGCAGAAGAAGACAAAGUGAAUCACCUCACCAAAACCAACAGUAAACUGAGUACCCAGAUUCACGAGUUGGAAGACAACUGGGAGCAAGAGAAGAAAAUCCGUGCUGAGGUGGAGAAGGCCCGACGCAAAGCUGAGGGCGACUUGAAAAUGACCAUCGACAAUCUCAACGAAAUGGAAAGAGCAAAGCUCGACUUGGAAGAAGUGGUGAAGAAGCGCGACAUGGAGAUCAACUCCGUCAACUCCAAAGUGGAGGAUGAGCAAGCCCUGAACUCCACGCUGCAGAGGAAACUCAAGGAGCAUCAGGCCCGAAUUGAAGAACUGGAGGAAGAGCUUGAAUCUGAACGUUCUAUAAGGGCGAAGGUGGAGAAACAACGCAGUGACAUCUCCCGGGAACUGGAAGAGCUUUCUGACCGACUGGAAGAGGCUGGCGGGGCCACCACUGCUCAGAUCGAGCAGAACCGCAAGCGCGAGGCUGAACUCCUGAAGCUGCGGAGGGAAUUGGAAGAAGCCGCCUUGCAGAGCGAGGCCACCGCCUCCACCCUGCGCAAGAAGCACACGGACGCCAUGGCCGAGAUGACGGAGCACCUGGAGAACCUGCAGAGGGUGAAGUCCAAGCUGGAGAAGGACAAGCAGGUCCUCAAGGCGGAGAUCGAGGACCUCAGCGCCAGCGUGGAGACCGUCCAGAAAUCCAAGCUAAACGCUGAGGCUCACGUCCGCAAACUGGAAGACAACCUGUCCGAAGCCAAUGCCCGACUGUCUGAGCUGGAGAAGAACCAAGCCGAGAUCAAUGCUAUCCGCUCCCGGCUCCAAGCUGAGAAUAGCGAACUGAGCCGAGAGCACGAGGAGAGCCAGGGGCGGCUGAACCAAAUUUUCCGCAUCAAGACUUCCCUCACCUCCCAGGUGGAUGACUUCAAGCGGCAGCUGGACGAAGAGUCAAAGGCUCGAAGUGCUGCGGUGGUCAGCCUGGCCAACACCAAGCACGACCUGGACUUGAUCAAAGAGCAACUGGAGGAAGAGCAAUCCGGCAAAGCCGAGCUGCAGCGCCUAGUCUCCAAGCUCAACACUGAAGUCACCACAUGGCGCACCAAAUACGAAACGGACGCCAUCCAGAGGACAGAAGAGCUGGAGGAGACAAAGAGGAAACUGACCGCCCGGCUCCAGGAGGCAGAGGAAACGGCCGAAUCGGCUCAAGCCCGGGUGGCCAGCAUGGAGAAGAACAAGCAGAGGCUCCAGAUGGAAGUGGAGGAUCUCACGCUGGACCUUGAGAAGGCCAAUGCAGCUUGUGCGGCUUUGGACAAGAAGCAGAGAGCCUUCGACAAGAUGCUGGCGGAGUGGCAGCAGAAGUGCGAGGAGCUGCAGCUGGAGGUGGACAGCUCCCAGAAGGAAUGCCGCAUGUACAUGACGGAGAACUUCAAGCUAAAGACCGCCUACGAGGAGUCCCUGGAGCACCUGGAGUCCGUCAAGAAAGAGAACAAGACCCUCCAGGAGGAGAUCAAGGAUCUCGUUGACCAGUUGGGUGAAGGUGGCCGGAGUGUGCACGAGCUGCAGAAGAUGAAGAAGAAGCUGGAGCUCGAGAAGGAUGAACUCCAAGUAGCUCUGGAAGAAGCCGAGUCUUCCCUCGAGGUGGAAGAGAGCAAACUCAUCCGCAUUCAGCUGGAACUGGCUCAGGUGAAAGCGGACAUUGACAGGAGAAUCCAUGAGAAGGAGGAGGAAUUUGAAGCCACCAGGAAGAACCACCAGCGCGCCCUCGAGUCUUUGCAGUCCAGCCUGGAGCUGGAGGCCAAAGGCCGGGCUGAGGCGCUCCGCCUGAAGAAGAAGAUGGAGACGGACCUCAACGAAAUGGAGAUCCAGCUGGACCAUGCCAACAAGAACAACAGCGAGCUUGUCAAGACGCUGAAGAAGCUCCAGCAGCAGAUCAAGGACCUCCAGAUCCAGAUGGAUGAGGAUGCCCGGCAACAUGAAGAGCUGCGGGAACAGUACAACCUGCAGGAGCGGCGCCUCAGCCUUCUGCAGACUGAGUUGGAGGAAGUGCGGACCGGCCUGGAGGGCAGCGAGCGCUCGCGCAAACUCAUUGAGCAAGAGCUGGUGGAGGUCUCCGAGAGGCACAACGAGCUCAGCGUCCAGAACCAAAGCCUGCUGGUGAUCAAGCGCAAACUGGAAUCGGACCUCGUGCGCAUCACGAACGAUCACGAGGAGUUGAUCAGUGAGUUCCGGACCGCAGAUGAGCGCGCCAAGAAAGCCGUGGCUGAUGCGACCCGCAUGGCUGAAGAGCUGCGCCAAGAGCAAGACCACUCCAUGCACCUGGAGAAGAUUAAGAAGAACCAAGAGGUCACCAUCAAAGACCUGCAGGUCAAGAUGGAAGAAGCUGAGCAACUGGCUCUUAAAGGAGGGAAGCGCACCAUCAUGAAGCUGGAGACCAGGAUUAAGGAGCUGGAGACGGAGUUAGAUACGGAGCAGAAGCGUCACGUGGAGACGGUGAAGGUCCUGCACAAGAACGAGCGCCGGUUGAAGGAACUGGUCUUCCAAACAGAAGAAGACCACAAGACCAACCAGCGCAUGCAGGAGCUGGUGGAGAAGCUCCAGAACAAGCUGAAGACCUACAAGAGGCAAAUCGAGGAGGCUGAGGAACAGGCCAAUCAAAGCAUAGCGAGGUACCGGAAGACUGUGCACGAGCUGGACGAUGCCGAGGAGAGAGCCGGGAUGGCCGAGUCGGCCCUGAACAAGCUGCGCACCCGCCACCGCGUCUCAGCUGGCAAAGCCUUCACUUCGGUGGAGAUCAUCCAGGUCUCCAAAUCUGCCAGCUCUAAAUCAUCCGCCGAGGAAUAGAUCUCACCCCUCCAAACUGGCAGCUGGCCGAAGGACAAAGUCUCUCCAGGCAGCUGCCUUUUGCAAAGAUUGCUAGCAUAGUGAUGACCGGAGCAGCUUAAAGCUAUCUAUUUUCAAAGACAACUUGCACAGAAAGAGAAAGAAGGAAGGCGGAAGUCGCAAGCAUCUCUUGGAAUACGAAGAGAGACAAGUGGAGGAUUUCAGAAAUAUCUUUGAUGUGUUUUCUGAAAUGGAAACAGUCUGGGUUUUUUUAAAAGGAGGCAUUUUCAUGUCAAGGACGGAAAAUGUUAGGAAGGCAUGGCUUGAGCUGUCUCUUGUAAAUAACUUUCUCCCACUUAGUCUAAAGCAUAGUCUCAAUAAAGCUUCAUCCUGUGAAAAACAGA